AGUAGUAAUUUAUUAUUGAUUGUCUCGAAAAGAAACUAUUUAACAUGGAAGUGACCGACGAAAAUCUCGCAACGCUCGCGAAUUAUUUACAGCAGACAUUAAACCCCGAUCCCAAUGUCCGAAGGCCCGCUGAAAAAUUUCUCGAGGGUGUGGAAGUGAAUCAAAAUUAUGCCAUACUGCUCCUGCACCUCAUCGACAAGGACAAUGCGGAGAUGACAAUCAGAGUUGCAGCGGCCAUCAUAUUCAAAAACUAUAUCAAAAGAAACUGGCCAGUCGAGGAAGACAACGAGGACCGCAUACAUCCAUCAGACCGAGCCACCAUCAAGUCCCUCAUAGUCACGCUCAUGCUGAAGUCUCCGGAAGCUAUCCAGAGGCAAUUCAGUGACGCAGUGUCUAUUAUUGGGAAGACUGAUUUUCCCGAGAAAUGGCCGGGACUUAUAUCUGAGAUGGUGGAGAAGUUUGCUACUGGUGAUUUUCAUGUGAUAAAUGGUAUUCUCCGCACGGCUCACUCGCUGUUCAAGCGGUACCGUUACGAGUUCAAGUCUCAGAAGCUGUGGGAGGAGAUCAAGCAUGUGCUGGAAAACUUUGCCAAACCUCUCACUGACCUCUUUGUGGCGACACUGGAUCUAACAACAAAACACGCGGACAAUCCCCAAGCCCUCAAAGUGAUCUACGGCAGUCUGGUGCUGAUAUGCAAGGUGUUCUACUCCCUCAACUACCAGGACCUGCCCGAGUUCUUCGAGGACAGCAUGCAGACGUGGAUGCCCAACUUGCUGAACUUACUGCAAGUCAAUGUGCCUAGUCUAGAGACAGAUGACGAAGAUACGCCGGGCGUGCUGGAGCAACUGCGCACGGAGGUGUGCGAGUGCGCGUCGCUGUACGCGCUCAAGUACGAGGAGGAGUUCGCGCCCUACGCGCCGCCCUUCGUCACCGCCGUGUGGCAGCUGCUGCUCAGCGCCGGCAUCCAGACCAAGUACGACGCGCUGGUGUCGAACGCGCUGACGUUCCUGGCGAAGGUGGCGGAGAAGAACUCGUACAAGGGGCUGUUCGAGGAUCCCGCCACGCUCAGCGGCAUCUGCGAGAAGGUCGUCAUACCCAACCUGCAGUUCCGAGAGUCCGACAUGGAGGUGUUCACGGACAACCCGGAGGAGUGGGUGCGGCGCGACAUCGAGGGCUCGGACGUGGACACGCGCCGCCGCGCCGCCUGCGACCUCGUGCGCACCCUCGCCGUCCACUACGAGGAGAAGAUCAUGAGCAUCUUCGGACAGUAUGUCGAGGCUAUGCUGAGCAAGUACUCCGAGAGCGGCGGCAGCGCGUGGGUGGGCAAGGACACGGCGCUGUACCUGGUGACGUCGCUGGCGGCGCGCGGCGGCACGCAGGCGGCCGGCGUGACGCGCGCCUCCCCGCUGGUCGACCUCGCCGCCAUCGCCGCCGCGCACGUGCUGCCCGAGCUGCGCCGCCCCGACGUGAACGAGCUGCCGGUGCUGAAGGCGGACGCGAUGAAGUAUCUCAUGACGUUCCGCUCGCUGCUCGCCGCCGACGUGCUCGACCCCGCCUUCCCGCUGCUGAUAACGCACGUGGGCGGGCGCGGCGUGGUGCGGACGUACGCGGCGUGCACGCUGGAGAAGCUGAUAGCGGGCGGGCACGCGGGCGGGGCGGUGCGCGAGCACGCCGCGCCCCUCCUCACCGCGCUGUUCGCCGCGCUCGCCGACACACACGACCCCAGUGAGCACAACGAGUACAUCAUGAAAGCGAUCCUGCGCACGUUGUCGACGCUGCGCGACGCGGCGCUGCCGUACCUGGGCGCGGCGCUGCCGCAGCUGGCGUCGCUGCUGGCCGCCGUCGCCAAGAACCCCUGCAAGCCGCACUUCAACCACUACCUGUUCGAGACCCUGUCGCUCUCCAUAUCGUUGGUGGUGAAAUCGAACCCCGCGGCGGUGACGGCGUUCGAGGACGCGCUGUUCCCCAUCUUCCAGGAGAUUCUCCAGAACGACGUGCAAGAGUUCAUGCCGUACGUGUUCCAGAUGCUUUCGCUGCUGCUGGAGCUGCGGGGGAGCGGGGGCGGUGGCGGGGGCGGGGCGGAGGCGGCAGGCGGGGCGGACGCGUACGCGGCGCUGCUGCCGUGCGUCGUCGCGCCGGCGCUGUGGGAGCGCACCGCCAACGUGCGGGCGCUCGUGCGCCUACUGUGCGCGUUCGUCGCCGCGCGCCCGCAGCUCGUACUCGACGGCAAAUUGAACGCAUUCCUGGGCGUAUUCCAAAAGCUGAUCGCGUCCAAAACGAACGACCACGAGGGCUUCUAUCUCAUCCAAACCAUGCUCUUCAAGUUUGGAGAGUCGGUGAUGCAGCCGUACGAGAAGCAGAUCAUGACGCUGCUGUUCCAGCGGUUAUCGUCGUCGAAGACCACCAAGUACGUGCGCGGCCUCAUCGCCUUCCUGGGGUUCUACGCGGCGACGGCGGGGGCGGACCGGCUGGUGCAGCUCGUGGACUCCGUGCAAGCCGGCAUGUUCGCCAUGUACGUAGAGCGCGUGCUGCUGCCCGAGCUGCAGAAGGUGAGCGGCGCGCUGGAGCGCAAGGCGGCGGCCGUGGGCUGCGUGCGCCUGCUGUGCUGCGACGCCGCGCGCUCCGGCCGCCUCGCCGAGCUGUGGACGCCGCUACUGCGCGCGCUAAUCGCGCUGUUCGAGCUGCCGCCUGACGAGAGCACGCUGCCCGACGACCACUUCGUGGAGGUGGACGACGCGCCCGGCUACCAGGCGCAGUACGCGGCGCUGGCGUGCGCGCGCGGCGCGACCGCCGACCCCCUGGCGGCCGCGCCUGACCCGCGCCGCUACCUGGCGGAGAGCCUGGCCGCGCUGUGCCGCGAGGUGCCAGGCGUCGUGCCCGCACGCGUCGCCGCGCUCGACGAGCCGCACCGCGCCGCGCUGCAGGGCUACCUCGCCGCCGCCGGCGUGCAGCUGUGCUGAUGCCGCGCCGACUUCCACGCCGCGUCUGAUAGAGAUCGAUCGAUCCCGGAAGUUGCCGUGUGACGUGCGGCUCGCCGGGCCGAGAGCAGCCUGUACGUCGAACGUUAUUCUCGUUGUUAAAGUGAUUGUUACGAAUUCGUCGACGCCGAGCGUCAAUUUUCCCAGGAUGUUAAGUUUGUGAUAUAGCGUGUCGUGGGCCGUGGCUCGUGCCGGCGCCGCCCGCCGCCCGCCGCCCGCUUGUGACUGAGGAGUGUAGUGAUUGGGAUGUGUAUACGCGUCUAGUGUAAGUCAAAGUGUGUGGAAGAUGUGUAAUGUAUGACAAUGGACUUGUAUUUUGAAGUAAUUGUAACGUUCAAUGUUAAUAUUUUUCAGAACUUAUGAUAACUAAUGGAAGUGGUUGAACUGAGACAUGUUUGUAAUUUGAAUGAAUUGAUGUAUGACUUGUAUGAUAUGAGUAGGUGGUCAUUUGUAAAAUGCUAAUAAACUCUUAUUUUACACUA